UUAAAUUUAGUUAUAAUCUUUGUGUGAAAUAUACUGUAAUAGUUUUAUUUAGUUGUUGAAAAUAGGAAAGAAGAUUAAAUGAAGUCCUUUAAACGUUAUAUUGAUUUGAAAAGUAUUGUGUUACUAAAUUUAAAGACUAUUUUAUGAUAUAAUUGAGUAAAUCAGAAAUAUUAUAAGGAAGUUGUAGUCUUACGGGAAUAAUUAAAUACCUAUUAAAUGGAUGGUGGCGCAGGGUGACAUGGCUCCACCUGUUGUGUUGUUCUUGGGGGAAAUACUGGAGAACUAAGGAUUAAUUUAUUCUCAAAAGACGGGAAAAGACUGUAGCUCCAGCACGACUUCAGCUGACAGUGGUGAGGACAGACCGAGCUGCACCACCCAUCUGCUAAACAACGUCCUCUGUCAGGCCUUUGAUACUGUAGUAAGAAGCACUGUCCACCAGAUGUCACUGCCCUGCUUCCUGCUGUUGUGGGCAUCACGAGAUACUGUACUACAAGAAGACUGGAUUGUCCAGCCUCCUGCCUCAUGAGUCGACACAGUUUUGUGACACUAGUACAUACAAGAGGUGGACCUCCAAGUAUGACGUGCUCCAGCCCGUCCUCGACAUGUACGGUGAGGUGCAGCGAGUUACCCAUUAUGACUUGGUCCGCUACAUCGAGCUGAUCAACAAAGACUUACCAAUGGAACUGACAUAUUUCUUAAUUGGGGGUGAUGGUGAGUUCUGGAGGUGGUUGGUGAGCGUGGUGGUAGAAAAUGGUGCUGCGGCGAUAUCUGUGUGGUAGACGGCUGUGUUUGGAGGGGCUAACGUGGAUGGUGUUCCUGAGUUUGUGUGUGGCCGUCUACUAUAGUCUAGAUCCUCCUGACGUACGUACGUCGGUGGAGGAGGUCACCUUACCUGCCAGGUGGAUGUUGAGUGACCAGCUGACCCAACGACUCGACCACCGCCGCCACCACCUACAGAAGAUGUGUAAGAAAUAUGGUUUAGAUGUAUCAACUCCCGUCAACCACAUCUGGAGUGCAGGGUUCGUGGUCAGCCGGGAACACUCGCUGGUCUGGUGUCCCGUGUAUAAGGCGGCUUCCUCCACCUGGCUCUGGAAUUUCAACUUGUUGGCCGGAUACACCCAAGCUGACCUGCUGGACAACAUACACCGCCCCUUGCCCAUGGCCAGAGAGAAGUACCCGAGCCCAAGCCUAGCAGAGUUGAAGUCAGUGUUGGCAGGCAGUCCACCUCCACUGUCCUUCAUGAUUGCUCGCCACCCGUUACUGCGGCUUGUCUCAGCCUACAGGAAUAAGUUGUUGGUGGACAGGAAGAAUUACCGCCAGACAGUUCGGACCAUGAAAUCACGGCAUCCUGAACUCGGGGCAACAGGGCCUUGGGGGUGGCUGGAGUCACUGCCCCUUCACAUAGGCAUUCCCACCUUCAGGCAAUUUGUACAGUACCUACUGGAGAGGUACGCCAAACACCUGCCCUUAAACGAACACUGGAUCCCUGCCACUAGCUACUGUACACCCUGUCUAAUCAACUACACUGUGUUGGCCAAGGUUGAGACUCUGGAGGAGGAUGCCAAGUAUAUAAUCUUCACCUCUGGUAUCCAGGGGAUUGUGGCCCCCCGGGUCAUCAACAGGUCACAGGAUGGAGCCACCAGUGACCUGGCAGACCACUACCUGUGUCAGCUGUCACAUGACCAGAUGACAAAGCUCAUUGACCUCUACAAGUAUGACAUAUUGUUGUUUGAGUACGACAUUCAGAGGUACCUUGACUGUACUGCAAAUAAAUAAAGUUUGUAUUGUAA